AUGAAAGGUUAUUUUCGACAAGAGUUACAAUUGAUCGAUGAUACUGAUAGAAUUCUUCAGCGAAAAAGUCAAUUACAAUGUUAUGAUGGUGAUAACUUAAAUGAAGUUAUGAAAUGUUCUGAAGACAUGUGUUUUUAUAUGAAAUCAUUUGAUUUUCUUGAUGAUUAUUCUUGCGGAGCUUCUCGUUUAAAUUUCUUGGAUGAACAAAUUAAAAUACAAUACAAAAUCUUACCAACAAUUAAUGAAAAUCCUUUAUUCGCAUUCGCUUAUUCUUGUAGUACAAAUAAAUGUAAUAAAUAUGAAACAACAGUAAAAAUUGGUGAAUUUAUUCGUCAAUAUUAUAACAUUUCAUAUCAAUUCAAAUCUUCUAUGAUGUAUUCAAAUGAAAUUAAGAAUCAAUCACUAUUAAAUAUAACGAAUCAAACAAUUUUAUUCAUAACAAGCAACUGUAUCACUCGUCGAUCCAAUAAUUAUACAAUAUUUAUUCUACUAUUUGCAUAUCUAUUUUAA